AUGCCAGGCAACUUCGGAGGUCAACAACAACAGCCUCAGCAGCAGCAAAGUCGUGCCGUAUCGAGUCGAUUACCGAACGGAAAAUUAGCAUCUGGAAACAGCAACUCUGGCUGGGCCUUUAGUGGAGCUGUGCCCAUGGGCAACAGCAGCAGUGGCGGCUUCCAGACCCAGAACAGGCAGCUGGGAGGAAGUGUCAGCUUUGCUCAAAGCCUAGGAGGAUCUCAGCAAGCAGCGCCCAUUGACUUAUCGGGCCGUGGUCGGGGCCGUGGCUGGGACCGUGGCCGGGACCGUGGCCGGGACCGUGGCCGGGGCCGUGGUCAGGACCGUGGUCGGGGCUGUGAUUGGGACUCUGGCCAGGGACGUGGCCAGACUGAAGCACCUUUGCUAAUCGACGAUCUUAGCGAAUUCCCUUCUCUGUCGAAUAACCCCCAGCUGGGCAACCCUUCGCAAGCAUCGAUGUGGUCCACAGGUGGCUCACGGAAUGUGAGCGCACCCGUGCAACGAAAUCAACCAACGCCUGUAUUAUCCCAACAUGCAGGUCAAGAAGAGCUUUACGCCCCGACCUCGAGAGCGACGGCAAACGGCUCUCUUCGAUUUGGAAAUCAGACAGGACAACAGGCCGCACCUGGCAGCGUGGAUGACUUCCCUCCUCUAAAUCGAACCGUUAACGGCGAAGAGAGGAGUGCCAGCCUAAUGUCGUCACUGGGUAUCAGUGCGCAAAGCGCAGCAUCCCAAGGUGUGGCAGGCAACAGAGGGAAUGGACUACUCAAUGCGCUUUCAGCAAACAACCGCGCGAAUGACCCAAGAUCGCAGUCCCGGGCGAGCGGUGCAGUAUCUACGCCGCAACCCUCAGACUAUGAGAAUCAGUCCCGAUCGAAUGAACGUUUAGCCAAACAACUUGCAAACCUCAGCACUGGAGAAGGCUCGUCGAAAUUGUCGUCUCAGGAUGGCAUCGUCAGCAAGGCGAAAGAAGAUGAGUCGCAAGGGCUUGUAGAUCCUCUCGCUGGAAUGCCCGAUGUCGACAAGUGGGGUCUUAAGGGUCUUCGAACGUUGAUGAAUAACUUCCCUGACUACCAUGCCUUGGUACUUGGCAUGGACUCAAGCAGUUUGGGCCUGGACCUGCAAACACCAGACCUGAUUUCAACGCAGAAGUAUUCUCUUUUCGACGAUAGCCUGCCAAAACCGACGCUCCCCGCCGGCAAAUUGCGUCUGCCUGAAUGCUACAAAGUUAACAACGUUCAGCCUAUCAAGGAUAAGAUAGCAAGUUUCAGCGAGGAAACAUUAUUUUGGAUUUUCUACAGCAGCCCUGCCGAUAAAAAGCAGCUUUUGGCAGCGCAGGAAUUGCAUAAUCGCAACUGGCGAUGGCACAAAAAACUGCAGAUUUGGCUCACUAAAGAUGAGCAACUGGCCCCUCAACAGCUCGGCCCUAGUCAUGAGCGAGGGUGGUAUAUUGUGUGGGAUACCAACCACUGGCAAAAGGAGAGACGGGAAAUCACCUUGAACUACGGGGACUUGGAAACGGUCGUAAACCCCCUUGCGGGAACGCCCGCGAUGGAUUGA